CCAAAACUGACGCUCCCUCCACGGACUGCUAUAUAAAUAAGCCCAACCCAUGCACCCGCGACGAGACCUACCCAUCCUCAUAUCAAUAUGGCCCCGUCCCAACCCCCACCAAAAGCGGUCAAUGAUGACCCCCCCUUCACGCUUCUCACCUCGACCGGCCGCGCUUCCUACCCAUCCUCCUCCACCCACCAAUGCGCGUUCAUGGCCUCCAUAAUGGGUGAGUUCGACAACUGCGUCCUCCGCGCCCUCAACUCCGCCUACCGCCACUCCUUCACCACCCCACCCUCCCGCGACGCAGCCGAUCUGCUCCGCUACUCCCUCACCAUCUGCUCCAUGAUCGCCGCCCACCACGACUGGGAAGAGAACAGCUACUUCCCCGCGCUUGAUGCCCUCGCCGGGCAGCCCGGGAUACUCGCCUCGAACAUCGUGGAGCACCACGAGUUCGAAGACGGCCUCACAGCCUUCCAAGCAUACUGCGAGGCGACGACGGGGGACGGCUUCAGCGGGGAGGAGUUCCGAGCGAGGAUGCGCGCGUUCGCGCCGCCGCUAGAGAGGCACCUAAGCGGCGAGCCGGAGACGUUCUACCGACUGAGGGAGUUGGGUUCGGGGGCGCUGUUAGAGGUGUACCGCGAGCAGGAGAAGAUCGCGCUGGCGAAGGGGGAUAUGUGGUUGAUUAUGCCGCUGGUGCUGCGGUGUGAGGAUAAGACAUACGACAUAGACGGGCGCAAAGAGCACACCCAUGCCUUCCCCUGGAUCCUGCCCUACCUCGCGCACUACAUCUUCUCGUGGAGGUAUGCGCGCCUCUGGCGCUUUAAUCCGUGUGACUUCUGGGGCAACCCGCUCAAGCUUAAAGGCGAGUGAAUUUGUAGAUUAUAAACACAACAUUAUAAUGUCGUUGGUGGUUCCUUCCGUGUUGAGGGG